CAGCGUGACUCAAUUCCAGCUUGCUUUUGAUGUCUGACAAACGCGAWCGUAGACUAAACGUUAUWYUAUAUGGCGUAGUGAUGGCGUAUUGACUUAUUCAUCUUUUUGAAGGUAUAUUAAAGCGAGGUUGAUCGAUUCCUUGCAUGCGAAACCGUUGACGGCAAACCGGCAUUGCUAAGUGAAGGAACUCAUGCAUAGUGACUUGUUUUCGACAAAUCUGUUUUGAUGCCGAACCUCUCCCUCCUCAAAAUGAUGGCUAUAAAAAUACUUAUUUUUGCGGGAAUGGUGGUGCAAACAUGCACUACUGCAACCUGUCCACUGUGCCCUGCAGGGAAAUAUUUAAAAUCUGCGUUGAGCUGUCAAUGCAGUCCUUGUCCAAAUAACACAUUUACCAACAAACCAAAUAACGCGUCCAAAUGUCAACAAUGUACUAAGGACUGCCCUAAGUCCAAAAUUAUUGGGAAAAAAUGCACAAGARGCCAAGAUGCUGUUUGCGAGUGCCCCAAAGGUCAGUUUUUCGAUACUGGAGURCUCUUCUGCAUCGAUUGCACAAUUUGUCCUGUUGGUCAAGGAACUAUUAUUAAAUGUGCGACAGAAAGUAAUACGGACUGCAAACCAUGUGUACAGGGAAAGACAUACUCCAACAGUACUAGAAUGGGGCCCUGUGACACUUGUAGUUCAUGUUCCGGGUUGGAUUUGUUCGUAAAGGAACCGUGUAACUCUACGAAAAAUACGAUAUGUGAAACAAGAAAUAUUUAUUAUCCUAGCAGUACAAGUAAAACACCAAAGAUACCCGUUAUAACCAAAAAAGAAACACUAUCAACGACAAAAAGCAAAAGYCAUCGACCAAAGACGAAAGCCCCUAUCACUAUAAUAGUUUUAGUAGUCGUGGCCGUGGUCGUGGUCCUAUUUAUAUUAGGGAUUUGUAUAUGUUGCUUCCGGCAGCGGCGGCACAAAGGCCAUGAGCGAUCCCUAGAUGACGACGUUGAAGAAGAGGUGAAAUUACAAGAGAAUCGCGAAGAAAAAUCGUACCCUCAGCACUCUGGAUUAAGAGGUAGGCAUGUCAGAAACCCAAGGAGAUUGGAACAGAACCGCCGCAAACUUGCUGAUCCCAGUGCAAGUAGUGAAGACCACCAACUACUGAAUAGCGACGGACUUCUUCGUGAAGCUCCUUACGAUUUCAUCGAACAACUGGCACUGCUUCUCAAUCCACGCAGUCUUAAUAAUUGGGCUCGCUUGGCAGGAAAACUGGGGUACUCCAAAGAAAAAGUAGAAUACUUCGGAAUGGAUCCCGAUAAUGCCACACAAAGAAUGCUCUCCGACUGGAUGACGUCAAAUGCAAGCACUAUUAAAGUCUUACAUAGGCAUUUAAAGAGCAUUAGUCGAGACGAUGCUGCAGCAAUAUUAGAAGUAUAAAUUAAUUAAAACGGGUGAUUUUUUAAAAUAAAAGUGUUGCUGCAGCAUCGUCCGGUAAAAAUCAUUCUCUUUUAGRAAUAAAAUAUUAGAUAAAGUAGCAAAUAUUGUUACAUUGUUAAUAAAAGAUUUUAUUUUUUCAAUGA